AUGUGGCGGUGCUGCUCCACUUGUGAACGGCUGCGGCACGCCCUGUGGAUGCGUUCGAUGUCGACGCAGACAUUUGUUGCGUCUGUGGAAAAGACACAACAACAGUUAUCUGCUUCCGAGCGAAAGCAGGAGCUUGUCCUGCAUGGCCGUCACCUCUUUGAAUCCGAGACGCUCGAUGACAUCAAAACUGCCUGGACUCCAAGCGUAGCCGGGACGGUCUGCCACGCUGCGACGCAACUGCGCAUAUCCCCUACGAAGGGACAGCCGUUUGCCGCCGUGGUUGAGCGCAGCUUGUCUCGCGAGGCGGUGGAGGCGAUGGAUGCUCCAUCCUUGGCGCGCAUUGUUCAUGCCUGUCUCGUUUUACGGUCUCCACAUCUGUAUGAUAUUUUAUUUACUUACAUCCGCGCCCUUAUCAAACUGGCACCGACCUUGGACACUGUUUCAUGUGCUGUGCUUCUUAACGCAUACGGUCGAGCGCAAGUGCAGCAUGAGGAACUGUAUAAAGUCAUUUGCGAUCGUGCGGCAAUUGUCAUGAAGACCCGCGCACGUUUGUUGCGCAUACAGCAAACGUUGCCCAUGCACUGGCACGUGUUCAUUUUUUUUCACAGAG